CACAAGGGGAGGACCGUCGAAAUACCAAUAUUAAACGAUGAAAAGAAAAGAUUAGAAGAACCGAGAGAAGAGGAUACCUGGAGUAGUGACAGUGGAGAUACCUUCGACGAACUUACCUACGAUGAAGAGGAACUAAACGAGGCUGAAGUAUACUAUAGCAAGAAAAUGCCGGGAGACGAAAAUAAGCUCUACUACAACCCAUGGAAGAACGAAGCCAGCCUCACCAUCUACUUGACCAACGUGGACGAAAUACCCACUGAAGAAAAUGAAAGCGAGCUUGCCGUUAGUGCCCGGUUAGAGAAAUUCACGCAAGUUGAGACUCUCAAUGAAGAGGAAAGAAAUGAAAAAAAGAAAAUUGUCGGCUUGGAGAUUGUUGAGUCAAAGGAAAAUUGCGGAAAUUGGAGCGAUUACGAAGAAGAAUCGGAAGAUGAUGCUUAUGAUUCUGGGUAUUCGCAUAACUACCAUCUUGGGGCUGGGGAAGCUUGGUGUGACCUAACAGAGGAAGAAGAAUAUGGGAUAAAAGAGAGGGAGUGUAUGUACUUGCUUGAAAAUAUUCUUGCAGACCCUGAAGAGGAGAACCAUCUUAACGAAAGACUACAAUUGCCUCUGAGAAAUGAAGAGCAGGGUCGACAGAUAGAAGAAGAAGCAUAUACGAUAGAUGACUACUUCGAAAUUGAGGCAGAAGAAUGA